CGUCGGCAAAGGUUCCGUGUUGACUUAUUUGUGCGACACACGCUCCCGCACAAAGAGACCAAAGACCACUAACUGGGUGCUAACACUGGUUCUCUGCGAUGUGCUAAAGGCUACGUCUAUUAUCAACUGGUGAUGGUGAUUCAGAUGAAAAUAUGUCCGACACAGAAAGCCCAUCCUCUUCAUACGAGGACAAAGGACUGAGUUUGAAGGAUAGAGCCAAUCUUCAGACUGACAACGGCCGUCAGACUGCUGAGAAGGAAAUCCCACCAACUUUACCUCCACAAAACCAGAUAGAUAAUCCUGAAGCCCCGCUUCAUGGAGAAACUUCCAUUCACGGAAACACUAAACCUGAGCGUGCGAACGAUUCCAAAGGAGACAACAGUGGAGCGACGAAAGCAAAAACACCAGCAACACAAUCACCACAAGAUGUCUCACGGAAGGAAAAGUUGAAUAAACACAGAGAUGAAAUUGGAAAGAAUGGCUCCGGUACUCAAAGAAUUACUGAAUCCUCUCACACAGAUGUUCCUGGCUUUCCCGGAGGAGGUAAAAGAUACAUGAUUGCAGUGGGGCCUUGUAGCAUUGGUUUGCCCUCUUGGUGCAGAAGCUCCAGACUGAGCCACCUUCUUGGAAAAUGAUAUGCAGCACAUUGACAUCUUUCUCAAGCAGAUGGAAGAUAUGAAAAGUCAAUUUCCUAACCAGCAUGUUGAGCUGUGGAGGAGGAGCCGGAUCCACCUGAAGAGACACCUUCAGACAGCCCAGCCCUCGGAGCCAGUGAGUCUGAUCCUGACUGCCGGCCUGAACGCUCAGAAGACGCUGCGCUGCCUGGCUCAGGGUAUGGCUUCUGCCUUCUCUGCUGCUCUUAAUGCGUCUGUCCUCCUCAUCGAUGGCACCUCCACAGCCAGCCAAGACACUGAUUAGUGGAAAAUGGAAAUUGACACCAAGUUGCAGAUAGCCUUUGAGGGAAACACCCCUGUGGCUAUCAUACAUCGCUUCGAUGAGCUGCCUCCCGGUUCUACUCUAAUCUUUUAUCGCUAUUGUGACCAUGAAAACGCUGCAUACAAGAGACUUUUCUGAUCUUCACGGGUGCUGCUUGGAGAGGAAGAGCUUCCAGCUGACCGCCUGAGUGCUGUGGAGGAGAUGGUGGACGAUCACCUGCAGAGCAAGUUUCUCUCUCAUGGGGAUCCUGUGUCAUUUGACAGGAUGGACCGUGACAAAUACGGUGGACUGUGGAGUCGUAUUUCUCACCUUAUUCUACCUGUAGCUACAGAGGAAAGAAUAGAGCAUCAAGGAUGUGAGACGACAUGAAACAGCUGGUCUUGUUGAAUGCGUCAACUCAUGCACUAAAUUGCUGCGCAUCUCAGAUCAUGAUCACUCAGUGAUGUAAACUUGCUACGGCGUCUCAGUUGAAGCUGAAGAAUAUGUGAUUGAAUAUGUGUCGAGAUAUUGGUAAGAAAAAAAAUCAGUGUCAAGUUAUGGAAAACAUUUGAUGUGAAAUGCAGCACUUUAUUUUUUUGGUCAAAUAAAUGUUUGCAGUAGAUGUACUUUUUUAUCGCAUUUUGGAAUGCAUUUUCUGAACUUGUUUAAAUUGAAAUUUACAGAAUAUAAAUUGGGUAUAUCUAUUGUUUUUGGUGUCACUACAGGGAUUUUUCUUAUUUCCAUGGCAUUUUAUUAAUUUCUUAAACGUACUGUGUUUGCUGAACGUCAUGUUUCUUUUCUUGCAUGUUUUUUUAAAAUUCUUAACAACAUUACUUUUAAAGUUUUUGAAUAAGUGCAUAAAUCAAAUGUGCCUUAAAUUAAAAAUAAAGACAAA